UAGUUUACUACAAUGAAUAUCGAUCUCGGGAUGACAAUUUGUCAAAUUAGAUGAAAUGAAUGCACGGAAUAAGAGGAAAAGGCAUUGAUUAUUAAAUUAGAUUUUAAAGUCAUGGUAUCUGAUGGUAGCUGAGACAACCAUUUCAGCUUCCUCCAGUUGAUAAUUAGAGAAGUAGAGUUGGCUGCUGCAGCAGAAAACAAAUUUAAUAUCAGGAGUAGCUGCAGUCUAUAUAAGCUUUCUCAAGAUGUUUAACCGCUUGGCAAAGUUCAGAAGAGGUGGGGAUAACUAUGAGGACUUGGAUGAAUCUAAUGUGGACCUAGAUAUCACAGAUCCUGCAAUGAAGAACAUUGUAAACUCAGAAAAUGGGGAUUCCAUGGAGAUGAGUGAAAACCCUGAAGAGACGAGGCCAAAAGAAUCUGCUGGAGUCACAGGGAAUGAAGAAACCUACACCUUGCAGCAAGCUAUAGACACUAUAGGUUUUGGGAAAUUUCAAGUAAAGCUGUCUAUUCUCACAGGAUUUGCCUGGAUGGCUGAUGCUAUGGAGAUGAUGAUCUUGGCUAUUUUGUCUCCAGCUCUUCACUGUGAAUGGCAGCUAGAGGGAUGGCAACAAGCCAGUAUUACCACUGUUGUUUUUGCUGGUAUGAUGUGCAGCUCUAGCUUGUGGGGCAGUAUGAGUGAUAAAUACGGGCGUAAAACAGAGUUGAUACUGUGUUCAGUGAUGACAUGUUACUUUGGAAUACUCAGUGCAUUUGCCCCUAACUUUUUGUGGAUUCUGAUUUUGAGAGGGUUGGUAGGAUUUGGUAUAGGUGGAGCACCGCAGUCGGUAACACUGUAUUCUGAAUUCUUGCCAUCAGCAUCAAGAGCCACUUGUGUUGUUCUAGUAGAGAUCUUCUGGGCAAUUGGUGCUUGUUUUGAAGUUUUGUUGGCUCUGGUUGUCAUGCCAACACUGGGCUGGCAAUGGCUCCUGGGCUUGUCAGCGCUUCCUCUUCUUCUGUUCUCCAUCUGCUGUUAUUGGCUGCCAGAAAGUGCACGAUAUGACAUGACAAGAGGACACACAGAGAAGGCUAUAGCUACACUCAAAAGAAUUGCACAAGAGAAUGGCAAAUUGAUGCCCCCAGGAAGACUAGUGGAGCCCUCUAGCAAGGCUUCAAAUAGAGGAAGCAUGAAGGACCUCUUUAUGCCAGAAUUUAGGAAGACAACCUGUUUCCUAUGGGUUAUAUGGCUGGUGUCAGCGUUUUCAUACUAUGGAAUAGUUUUAAUGACCACAGAAUUGUUUGAAAUAUCUGAUGGAUGUCAUGGUUCCUCUGAGAAGAUAGAACAGCCUUGUUUCGUUCAAUGUAAAGGUCUAACAACAGCUGAUUAUGUAGAUCUUACCUGGACAACUUUUGCAGAAUUCCCAGGACUGUUUGUGACUGUUUUCAUCAUUGAACGGAUUGGGAGGAAGUUCACUAUGGGAUUUGAGUUCUUUGUCUUCAGUGUAUUUGUCUUGUUAGCAAACAUCUGUACCUCAAGACCUGUGUUGACAUUUUUCCUCUUUGUUGCUCGGGCUUUCAUAUCUGGAGCUUUCCAGGCAGCAUAUGUUUACACACCAGAGGUGUAUCCAACAUCUAUGAGAGCCAUAGGGUUAGGAUCCUGUAGUAUGAUGGCCAGAAUAGGGGCUAUUGUAACCCCAUUUGUGGCCCAGGUUUUAUUAAAAGAAUCUUCCUACCUUGCAAUAUCAACAUAUGGAGUUAUCUCCCUUAUCGCUACUGGAGCAGCCAUUUUACUUCCUAUUGAAACCAAGGGAAAAGAAAUGAAAGAUACCAGUUCAGAAAUAACAGUUCAACACUAGGAUGUGAUGUAUGUAAGAUGUUCAGCAUAACCAUUAUGUCAUUGUAUGUGUAUGUAACAAGUGUAUGACAAGGCGGUCAAUCUGUGAUAGAGUAGUGUGAGUAGUGUUCAAUCUGUGUUACAUGUUUUAUUGUUAUUGCUUCUAUAUUGAGAUACCAUGUCCAAGUGCAUCAUAGGAUUCUGUCAAAGUUUAUCUAUCCAUAUGUCCCAAAGAUUGGUCUCACUGCCUGGAAGAUUAGAUAUUUGCUGUUUAUUAAUAUAUUGUCUGCUUUCUUUACAUGUUAUCUACUUUCAUAAUUCAACAGAAGUGAACAAAUUUCCUUUACCUUUUUAAUGUAAUACCAGCUAAAUUCUUAGUGCAUGGGACUCCCACCCUCUUUUUUCUCUUUCUCUCUCUCUCUCCCUCUAUAUAUAUACAUACAUUGACAAUUUGACAACAGGCCAAUAUUUGUGCAUGAUUUUCACAGCCAUAGGAAAAUUUCCAACUGAACCUGUAUAUUUUUUUUCCUCAGGGAAUAUUUUCUGUUUCCUGUCUUAAGUAUAAGUUUUCAUCAUUUUUAAUUCAUUUUCAUUUUGUUUAGAAUAUUUACUAUUCACUGUGAUAGAUUAAUAAAGCAAACAUUACCUACUUAUCACCCCAUCAUUCACAUUUAUCCUGAGAGUUUAUAAUUAGAGUGAUUUUAUUUUUCUACUCUUGAUUUCUUACUGAAGAAUACAGGAGGAGCUCUUUGUCAAUACUUUUUUCAUUCCAAAUGUAUUUCAGUUUAAUUUAUUUGAAACAUUCCAGAAAAUAAACCUCUUUAGGUGGAGAAAGCAUUCCAUUCAUAAGGGAACAUUUUCCUUGCUUUUUCAAUAAUUUUGGGUUUUUUCUAUGAUAAAUCUAAAUAUACACAUGUACAUAUUGGUUCUGUUUCUGAGUACUAUUCACAAGGUUAAUUUUGCACUACCACACUUGCAAACAAUUUAGCCCAAUUUUUAAUUCACCCAGACAAGUUGUGUAAAUAUGUUUUUGAAUUGGCCCAUUUGCAUUGAGGGUGAAAGGGGCAAAAAUGAAACAGGUGAAAAUUUCCCUGUAUACAGUAUACAGCAGAACAGGAACUGAUAUAUAUAUAUAUGUUUAUAGAGGUUAUUGAAUGUAUGAUUAGGUCCUAAUGUAUUAACCAAGUAAAGAAUGAUAUGAACAAAAAUUGUAUUGCUUGAAUUUUGGAGUAAUAUUUUUUUAUCAUUGCUCAAACUUUCACUUAUAAACAUUAUAUUAAGUGAAAUUUGUAAGAUACUUCUCAGCAUCCAAUACCAAUAUGAAAGAUAGUUAAUUUUACAGUGUAAGGACAUUAUGUAUUUGUUUUACAAUAAACAAUAAAUUAUUUUAAAAGUAUUUACAAAUUAUUAAAUUCCCUGAUACAU